AUUCAUAAUCAUCACUCGAAAUUUAAAUCUUGAACUGAAUGUCACCCCGUCGACAUGAAAAACGACCAUUCACAAUCACAAGUCGAGGGCAACUUUCGGCACCGCAGUCGUAAAAUAAAACAGUCAAAAUGGAAGACGAUGAUCCAAAUUCCGUCAUUCAAACCCAUCGUUCUUCGAUUAAGACCCAUCCUCGUUACAACAAUCAACAGUCAUGGAAGCAGAAGCUGAGGGAAAACUGUUGUAAGAGGGUCAGAGAAGGAAGAAGCCGCUUGCUCUGGAAGAUGAGGUUGCCCAUGACCUCGCCCAGUUAUCCUCAUUCUCUCAAUAAUCGGCAGCAGGAUUUUAUCAAAUCUGCUUUUCAAGACAUCUUCUCUGAUGAGCUGAAAAAAAUUAAAGACCAAUCUGUGAAUGACUAUAAUAAGAAUUUACCUUCUGUCCCUGAGGCUGCUGAUGUUCUUUGGGAAUAUGAGGGGGUUCAGGAUGCUUAUGAAGGUGAAGGUGAAGAAAUAUUGUUGGAAAUGCAAAGGAUUUUUUAUGAGGAUCUCAAUAUUGAUCUGAGAUAUAAAGAAUCUGAAGGCCCUAUUGUAACAUGGGAAGAUGAAGAAGAUGAGUUCUUAGCCCGUGCAGUUUACGAACAUAUGGAACUAAAUAGUGAGAAGGUUACUCUUGACCUCCUCCGUUGUCGGUUGGCCGAUGUGCAUGCUGAACAUCUUGAUCGGGGCUGUAGAUUGAAACCUAAUUUUUGUGUUGAGAGUAAAUUUAACAUAACUGCAUUGUACAUCUCUUGUGAAGGUUGCAACACAUUUGAGGUUGUAAUAUAGCAUGUUAAGAAUCAGAUGUUUCAAGGAUUACGAUUAAAAUUAUAUUUUAUUAGUUAUUUUAAAGAUGAUUGACACACUUGAGGUUUUAAACUUGUAAUUUAGCAUGCUAAGAAUCAGGUGCCUGAAGUUUUAUGGACUAGAUUAUUCUUAAUGAGAUAUGACAGGAUGAUUUAAAUCCUGGAAGGUUGUAAA